CGGGUCUCCGCCACUCCACCCUCAGCUGCUCUCAACCUUUUGGUCGCAUUUGGCUGCCGGAUGUGCACGUGGGAGCAUAUGCAACAAGUGAAUGAGUUGGCACGCGCGCUCGGUCCGGCUUUUUAAACUUUUUUUUUUGCCCCGCUAUUGGUCUGUCUCGAGACCGAUGCUGUCAGCUCCCGCGCGCUCCUCUAUCUGCGCCCAGCUCUGUCGCAACGAAGGAGAAACUCUCGUGAGCUCCAACUUUUGAGAGUUUCUGAGAAUGAGCUUCGCAUAACGUCGACUUUUCGCUUGUUAUCUACCCCCUCCUCUUGUGUUUGCCCCGCUCUACUGCAUAGAAGUAUGGUAGAUAAAGGCCCCUUGCUGACUUCUGCCAUCAUCUUCUACCUCUCCAUUGGGGCAGCGAUAUUUCAGGUCCUGGAGGAGCCCAACUGGAAAGACGCUGUGAAGCAGUACAGAAAGCAGAAGGAGAAAAUACUCGAGGACUACCCUUGCCUGUCCAAAGAUGACCUGGAUAAAAUAUUAGAGGUAGUGUCUGAUGCUGCAGGCCAAGGGGUCACCAUAACUGGCAGUAAGACGUUUAACAACUGGAACUGGCCAAAUGCUGUCAUCUUUGCUGCUACAGUCAUCACCACCAUCGGAUAUGGAAACAUCGCCCCUAAAACCUCAGAAGGUCGGGUAUUUUGCAUCUUCUAUGGGCUUUUUGGGGUGCCCCUUUGUCUUACCUGGAUCAGUGAGCUGGGCAAGUUUUUUGGUGGCAGAGCAAAGCACCUGGGACAGUUUCUAACCAAAAAGGGGUUUUCAUUGAGAAAAGCCCAGUUUACCUGCACAGCCAUCUUUCUUCUCUGGGGUGUGCUGGUCCAUUUAGUCCUUCCGCCUUUUGUCUUCAUGUCCCAGGAGGGCUGGACGUACAUCGAAGGGUUGUAUUUCUCUUUCGUCACCUUGACCACGAUUGGUUUUGGGGACUUGGUUGCAGGUGUGGAGCCAAAUAAAGAGUAUCCAACUCUGUACCGUUACUUUGUGGAAGUCUGGAUUUAUCUGGGGUUGGCCUGGCUGUCCUUGUUCUUCAACUGGAAAGUGCGGAUGGUGAUUGAAGCCCACAAGGCUUUGAAGAAACGUCGCAAGCUGCGCAAGCUAUCUCUUGAAGAGAUGCGCCAUUACAAAGAAUCUCACAAAGCUUCUCUUCGUUUGCCGCCCACUCCCAACGAUGUGAACAUUUUCAGCUUCUUGUCCAAGAAGAAGGAGGGGUACAACGACUUAAUAAAGCAGAUUGGUAGUAAAAAUGAAGGUAAUCACAGGACCGGUGACUCCAGCAAGAAAGCCAAAGACAUGAGUCGCUCCAAGAGUUGCAAUGAUGCUCCAGAAUUCAACGGUCACACCAUUCUCAGCCUGGACCGUUCACCACGCCAAAAGAGACGCUACAGUUUCAGCGACCGUGUUACUGUCGCCUUUUCAAAGUCCAAAAACUACCUGCUGGGCUCAGAUAAUGGUUUAUUGCUAACAGAAGACCAGGGGGAGGGUGACCCAGAACGAGACCAAAACCAAAUGUACGAGAACCAACUUGACAAAGACGUUGAUGUAGAAACCAAGGCCGCUGGAGACUGUGGGGUGGGAGGUCGGAGGACGUGGGACUCUAAAGAGUACCAUCCUCUAACCAUUCAGAAUGCAAACAUAACUUUCAUAGAUGAAGAAAACUUUCUGAGCAGUAACCUGGAGGAGCUGGAUGACGAGGACGCAGAUGAUGACUCUAAGGCAAAAAUCUCCAUCACAACAUGUGAUGAAAACAUCGAAACAAACUCCAGGGAGGAUCAGAGUUCUGAAUGCGACGGGUCUGUUUUUACAAGUGACGGUUCGGAACACAGCCACUCCUAUGAGAAGCUCGUGGAGGAAUACACGAAGGAAGACAACACAGAAUCCUGAGCUGUGAAAGCUGACCAACUUGGUCGAGAAAUCUCUUUGGCCCUGUAGUGUUGGCUGGAAGUAUUUGUAUUCCAAUGUGAAGCAUUCAAGUGCAUAUCAAACAUCUGAGAUCAACUUUGAAAUGGACAAUCAAACUCCACACUAAUAAAGAACAAUAGAGCAUGAGUUGUAACCUCAUGAGGAGUCAACGUCUGCUCAUUGAAUGACUUUCUUUUUUCAGUCGGUUUGAAGAAAAAAUCACAAGUUAUUUUGAUGUAUUCAAACCAGCAGCAGUUGUUUGUGAGUGAUUUUUAUUCCUGCUCAUAGCCUGAAGUUAUAUGUGGAAAUUGGUUUGAUUUCCUAUAGUUUCAACUAUUUCUCUUCACCAUAUUGGUGCUUUUAAAGAUAUUUAUUAACAUGAAGGACAGUGUAGCGUUUGAGUUGCCGUGUGGGUUUAUGCAUCUGCUGUUGCACAAUUUCAGUCAGAUCAGGGUGUAUGAAAUUCCACUCCAGGGCAGACUUGCUUUUACAACCUGAGCCAAGCUUUUGUCUUAAAAUUAAGGGGUGAAGGAAAAAUUUUUUUUUUUUUUUUUUUUUUUUUUUUUUUGUAUUUCAUUUAUUAAGGUAAGCUCUUGAUCUUGUCAGAAAUUGGUGUUUAUAUUAUGAGCAACCCAACUGUGAUGUCCUCCAUCUGAGCCCUUACACCAACCGAGAGAGAAAAUGAUUAGAAACGGUAAUGAAAUACAAGCCGA